AUGGCAGAUACAGAAACUUCAGCUGCGCCUGCAGCAGACCUCAAGCCUGCGCGGAAAGUGGUGUACUGUGGAGUCUGCACUCUACCUCCAGAAUUCUGUGAAUACGGCGGCACCGUCAAGAAGUGCCAAGACUGGCUCGAAAGCAACCAUCCGACCCUCCACGCCCAGCUCUACUCCGCCGACGCCGUCACCCAAAACCUCUCCACCCUCUCCGUAGACGCCCAAAAACGCGCCGAAAAAGACGCCCAAAAGAAAGCUGCCAAAGCGUCCGCUCAAGAGGCCCGAGAAUCCGAGAAACGCGCCACAUCCAAGAUCAUCAUCAAGCGCGUGGAGCGCAACAAGCGGAAAUACGUGACGGAGAUUUCGGGGCUCGAGGCGUUCGGGCUCGAGUUGAAGAAGGUGGCCAAGGAGUUUGGGAAGAAGUUUGCGACGGGGAGUAGUGUGACGAAGACGGCGGCGGGAGGGGAGGAGAUUACGGUGCAGGGGGAUGUGAGUGAUGAUGUGUUUGAUUGGUUGACGGAGAAGUAUGAGGAGAUUCCCGAGGAGAAUAUUGAGUUGGUGGAGGAUAAGAAGAAGAAGAGUGCUGCUUGA